UGCCUCUGUGCGCGUUCGCGACGCUUCAGGGUUUUGGAGAUUUCGGUGCCGUCUCCGCGUUCCCGAUGGCAGAGAGGAGAGUUUAGGAUUGUGUGCGUCCCGACAGGAAACCGACGAAAAGCACAAAAUGUUGAGAUGAGCAGCCGCCCGUGAUCGAGCUCGGACAAUCAUCCAGCCCUGAUUGGACCUUUUCUCUUCUUUUCCUCUUGACGAGUUGCCGGCGGUGGGAGCCGGAGUCGCCAUGGAGACGGUGGUGAUCGUAGCCAUUGGGGUGUUGACCACCAUUUUCCUGGCCUCCUUCAUUGCCCUGGUGGUGGUGUGCAGACACCGCUACUGCCACCCUCACGACCUGCUGCACCACUUCGACUCCAAACAGCAAGGCUUCACUCGCUUCUGCUUCAACCUGUUUCUCAGACCGACGGUUGAUCUGAUCGGAGCCAUGGAGACUCAGAGCGAACUGUCGGAGCUGGAGCUGGACGACGUGGUCAUCACCAACCCUCACAUCGAGGCCAUCCUGGACAACGAGGACUGGAUCGAAGACGCCUCUGGUCUGGUCUCUCACUGCAUCUCCAUCCUGAAGAUCUGCCACACCUUGACUGAGAAGCUGGUUGCCAUGACAAUGGGCUCAGGGGCAAAGGUCAAAGCGCCAGCGAGUCUGAGUGACAUCAUCACUGUGGCAAAACGCAUCAGCCCGAGGGUGGACGACGUUGUCCGAUCCAUGUACCCUCCUUUGGAUCCAAUUCUCCUGGACGCCAGGGCCACCGCUCUGCUCCUCUCAGUCAGCCACCUGGUGCUGGUCACCCGCAACGCCUGUCACAUGUCUGGCAGUAUGGACUGGAUCGACCAGUCGCUCCACGCCGCAGAAGAUCACAUGGUGGUUUUGCGCGAGGCGGCGCUGGCCUCUGAACCGGAUCGGGGCAUGCUCGGAGCUGACGCACACAGAGAGCAGGCCAUUUAGAGCGAACACAGACACUGACAGUAGUAGACCAGCACUAGACCGUCACGAACACGGCUCCGUUUUGUAUCCAUGAGCUCAGUUGAUACUUCACAGUCACAUAGACGGUGUUGAAAAGGCACAUUACCCAAAGUUAAUAAGGACUUCUGACUUCAGACCCGCCCGUGGACCCAACAAUUGUAUUUUUUCUGCGAGGCGUGCUGGAGAUCACUUGCACCACAGCUACAUAGGGAUGUCUGGAAAGUAACCGUCACAUACAGGCUUUUUUUGUGUGAGUAACCCUACAGCAGAGGUUUUUCAGAGUUGCUCUGUUAAAGAUGUAAGCUGCCUGCAAGUGAAAGGCCUUUGGAAAUUUCUUCUUGAGUGCGCCAUCACCCAGCAGUGGACCUAAAUCCAAUCUCUGCGGCACUGCACAGUCACAUGGAGGCUUAGUCAGCUAAUCCAUUCUGUGGAAAAAUAACACCCUGUUAGCUUGUGAGCUCCAACCCAGUGGACCAACGGAACACUAACCUGACUUAUGUUGAAUCUGAGGGGUCAGCGUGACUUGGGGACGCUCUAAAAUGUCCCUGAUACACUCAAAUCACCCAUCUGUGAUUUAUUCAGCUGCAGAGACCAAUAUCUGUAGUUUAAGAAUCAGUAAAAGUUUGUUCUUGUUGAUUAAUUUGGAUGGUUUUAGGAUUCAUUGGCAUCUCUUCCACUUGAAAGUCAUCAGCCAUAGCAGCACUUUAAUCUAGAAUAGAAUAUCUCAACUUGUACUGGACGGAUUGGCACAAAAUACUGGGCAGAUGUUCAUAGUUCCAGGAAGAUGAAGCCUUAUGAGUUUGCUGACCCCCUGACUUUUCCUCUAGCAACUUGUUCUGCAAUGGUUAAAGACUGACUGGCACAAAAAUCUGGACAAAUGUUCUAGUUCCCCUGAAGAUAAUAUAACUUAUUGUUCAAUCAACCUUUCCUCUAGCAGCAACAUUGGGCCAAAACCGUGAUUUGUUCCAUACUUUUGUUACAUUUGACUGUAGCAUACACUGUAAAGAUGGAUGGCGCUUCCUCUCAAUAUUUAGAAAUGAAGCUAAGAAAUCCUCGAUACGAAUGCUGCUAUCUUGUGCCAAUGACGCCAACUGCACGAUAGCGGUCAGGGAAAGGAGCCACAGUGUCCAGAGUCCCGCCCCGACCAAUCAAAUCAUGACGUUUCACCGCAUUUUUACUGCAUCAAAUAACUAAUUAAAACCAAACAAACUAAAAGAAUGAACCCUUGAACAAACAUUAGUGUGAUAAGAACGACCUCAAAUGACGUGCCAUGUGACUUUUUUGUUCGGUCCAUGUCCCAUCCACUAACAUGGAGGAGGCAUACAGAAAACAAAGCAGACCCAGAGAUGUUAGGGAAAACAACCGUGCUAGAGUUAAAUCCCCCCCCCCCUCCCCCCCUGAAAAUGUUGCGUUUGACUUCGUACAGUACGUCUUUGUGCUUCGUCACGAUUGAACAGCGUGUUGAUCCCGGUGAGGCAGAAUUAGCAUGUUGUUUUGGGCCAGGGUGAUGUUAUUGGAGCAUGUCUACCUGUUCCCUCAUGCAUUACUAAUAGCCAAUCCCCAAGGAGCCCUAAUAAGGCUUUAGCCACCGCCACUGGGAACACAUGGGCUCAGGGCUGCGACACACAUAGCACAAACCUUUUUAACACAAACGUCUGGCAGACAAGUGAACACACAUCAGCAUGUCAUAUGGCACAACCGUUAAAUACACUUCAUCUAUUUGGGUGGGGGGGGGCGUUGGGGGGGGUCAAACACGUUGCGUAAGGAUUGUGGUGACAAUCGUUAAGUGGGGAAGAAAAGCCAAGUCUGUUAAUCAAAAUCGAACUGAACCUUCAGAGAUGUUUCGAUUGAAAGAUAUCGAUCAUGGAGGAAACAUUUAGAAAGUGGUGAAACCUUUUAUUUUUUCUCCUUGUUUACAUUGUGUAUUAGCACUGACAUUUUUUGUAAGCACUCCUUUAUUUUCUCAGCCUUAUUUCCACAGUUUGUUACUGAUGCUCACGCAGCCUUUUUCUUUUUAUCUUUCAUUGAUUUGUACAGAUAGAAUGAAGUUUCAUAGGAGAUUUUGUUUUGUUUGUGUUGUUUUUUUGCUCUGGACAAAAGCUACAGAGAAAUCCAUGUCCGAUAAAAAGUCCACACACACCAUACUAAUUUUUGACAUAAAUAAAGGUGAAUUUUUUUCUUCUUUUUA